AUGCAAAGUGGAAAAGAAAUUGACCAAGCAGCGGGGGACGAGUCAAUUUUGCCAAAUGGGGAGGAGGGGAACGCCGAGGGAGGGGCCCCUAGUGAGAGCUGCGCAGUGGAAAGUCCCCUCGGGGAGAGCCAUGGUGAACUCAGCGUAGAGGCAUACAGAGGGGCAGCCAAAGGAGAGGCACACAGAGAGACAGCCAAAGAAGCGGCGAACGAAAGGGCGGUGACGCCGCCGCGCAACAACGCCGCUUCACGCGAAGGCAGCACAAACAGUGACGCCCCAAAAGAGGGGGACACACACAAAUGGGCAGUUCAAGAAAAGGGGGAAAGGCAACCCAGCGUGGAGUCAAGCGAAGGGGAGGGGGAAGUAAUCCCCGCGGGUGAUAAAGCGGCGGGUAAUAAAGCGGUGGGUGAAAAUGGGAAGGAAGACCCCCCCCUAAGUGGUCCCCACCUAAGUGAUGCCCCCCUGAGUGACGCCCCCCUGAGUGACGCCCCCCUGAGCGACGCCUCCUUCAGCGAGGCCUUCUUCGACCAGGCGUCCCAAUUUCAAAAGGCCCCAGAAGACCCCAAGGGGAAGAGCCAAAGCCAUCUGGCAGACCUAUACAAGGAGAUGAAAAAAAGGGAGCAUCUCUUUCUGAGCCAUUUCGACCACACAGGAGAUGACUCCAAACCAACGGAGGUGGCAAACAGCUGGGAAGAAGAGAGGAAAGAAAAAAAAGGGAAAGGGAGCAUCCCCCAGAUUGACUUCACCUCCAUGGAGGCCAUUUCUCAGUUCCUUCUGCACGAGGAUACGUCGGACAAUGAAGAGCCACCCAUCGAACGGCAGCUCCGAGAGCACAUCCAACAGUUCACCCAAGAACAGAAAAAGAAUAAUAAAAAAAUUAAAAUGAAUAGGUACUACCUUUCGGUUGGGAGUUACCAGAAUACCUUGCCGCCCAGUCUGCGCCAGAGUAUUUUUAAGGAGUACCGAAAAAACUUUUAGCCAAAGAGGAGUGCCCCCCGCAUGGAGACACCACACGUUGGGAAGGUAUAAAUUAUCGCUCCCCUGUUAUUGAAGAAACCCGAGUUGCACUUGGUGAGGGGAACUCCCCCUCGUUUGUAAUCCGCUUUGUCACCCCAUGAUGGAAGGUCCAGCGACUUCCCCCUUUUCCCCCACUUUGUGGGCCUCACCGACGAGGAGUUAUCCCCACUGCGGGUUGGAGCUUCCAAGAUCAAGAUGCUUUCGUCCGUCGUCCGUCUGCGGGGCGCCUUCCCGUUGGUCGUCCGCUUAUUAUCUUUCCUGCGGAGUGGGCGGUGGUGAGAGGCGGUGAGUGCUGAUACGCAGUGCUAUGCGCGGUGUUAUGCGGUGGGUGAGUUUAGACUCAUCGUGCGUAUGUCCGCUUGGGGACCGCUCCCCCCACACACACGGGGGGGGAAAGCAAAGGAGGAAAUAAAAACGGCGAACUUCCUCCUCUCCGCUCACCUUGUUGAGACGCCCCCAUCAAGUGGACUCCCACCUCCACCCCAUGCAGAACAAAUCUCGCCACCUUGUGAGUGGGACGUUUCCGAUGGGUAAUUUGUUCCCCCCUUUAAAUAAUUUCCCAAAUGUACGUCCUCCCUUUCGGUCCAAAUGAACUCGGAGAGGUCUCGAA